GUCAUGUCUGUAGCAAGCAACAUGCAACAAAACCAUCCAUAAUCUAAACAAACAUUCAAUAGAAUAGAAAAUUAUGUUAAUUUACUGAUAUUGUAAAAUUGCAUUUCGAGUUGAAUUGAAAAGUUGUGUAAAUUUCUUGAUAUCAAAAACUGUCUUCUAGUAUUCAAAUAUACGAUCUCUAAUCUAAUACAUAAUCUGCUUUUUGUAGUUUGCGAUAGUUGAUGUUGCAUUUUUGCAUUGAUUUGUUAUAAAUAAAUAAGGCAGUAGUUUAAAAUGUCUACGUUAACUGAAGAUCAAAAAAAAUUAAUAGAGGAAAAUCGACAGAAAGCAAUACGAAUAAGACAAGCAAAAUCAGCUUCAAAAACUUUUCUCAAAAGCUCGGGUGUUGUGGAGAUGAUUGAAAACAAAACAAUAUGCGUCCAAGGAAACAAGUACCGUGACUCAGGUGGUGGAUUUCUUAUUGAAGAAGGUGAAAGUGAGGCUAAAAAGAGAAAAGUUGAAGAGAUGCCUGAACCUCUUAAGGAUUCAGACCGGCUCAAUUGCGAAGAGUGCAAUGAAAAGUUUGGAGCAUCUUUUCUUCUGCAGAAUUUCAACUAUCCUGUUUGUGACAAUUGCAGGGAUAAUGAGGAAAGGCAUAGCUUAAUUACCAGAACUGAUGCAAAAAAUGAAUUCUUCCUCAAAGAUUGCGACUUGGAUAAAAGAGAGCCAAUUCUCAAGUUUAUUCUACGAAAGAAUCCUCAUAACUCGCAUUGGGGUGACAUGAAGCUAUAUCUACGCCUACAGCUCUGCGUAUGAAUGUGAGAAGCUCGCUGUAUGAUCGAACCACAAAAGCGUCUCAUGAACACGAAUUCGGGCCUGAAACUUAUAAUGAAGAAGAUGAUACUUAUAAUCGUACGUGUUUAACCUGUGAUUAUAAUGAAACUUUUGAGAAAAUGUAACUUAUUAAAAUUACAUCACAAACUAUAGUUGCUGCUGUGCUCAACUCUAAAGAUUUAGGUAUAAUUCUAUCAUCUCUGAUCUUGCAAUGUAGGCUAAAUCAUUAGCAAAUAUAUAGUUUUAACAGUGAUUCAGUACAAAUUAGUUUACAUAUGCUAAGCAUCUGCAGUUUAGAGUUUAAUCAUCAGUCUGAUUGUUCAAUCGCCCUUGUGAAGUAUCCAGUACUGAAAUAGUACAAAUACGAGUAUAUCUUGCGUUGUCUGUGUUUCUUUUAAAAUUAAAUCAUCAAUCUCAUAAUCGAAUCGCUAUUGCAAUAUUAGUAUAUAAUUUAAUAUAUUUUUAAAUCACAACUUGUAUUUCUUCUUUUCGUCAAAUAAUAUCUAACUCUUACUGAGCAUUCAAGUAUUAUUAAACUGUAUUUUCAGCAAAACUCAGAUCAUAAUGGGUUUUUCUGCUUCAAGUAAUAUUCAAAAAUUAAAAUAUUUAUGUUGGAAAAUGUUCAAUACCAUUUUUAUGUAUUUUCGUAGUACUAAUUUGAUAUGGAAUGUAUUGUUGAUUCAAUUUAUUAAAAAUAAACAACUUUACUACAAUGUUAUUAAUCUUGAUAUUAGUGUUUCAGUCAUCUUUAUCCAGUGAUAUUACUCUUGAUUAACUGAUAUUGCCCAGUAUUGUUUUCUAUUGUCAUUUUAUAAAUAAGUAUGAACUAUUCGAUUAAUAAAACUUAUAUUUUUCAAGCA